GAGUUUUGAAGGAAAUUAAACAGUUCCAAGCACUAGAAACCAAGGGCUUUGAUUUUGGUGAUCAAUCCAAGGCACAGGCGGAACACAGACUGGAACUUUGUAGCAUCCUCCAAAACCACAUAAAACCAUGAUUCAUUUUGUUAUGUGUCUCCAGAAUUCUUGCUUGUUUCAGAUAAGUUUUCCCUCUGCUUCCUUUCUCCCAUUUCACUCACUCAAUUUCAGGAUAUUCAAUUGAUUGGGAAGUAUGGGAGAGAUUGAUACCAAACCAAUUGAAUCAGUCCAGGCUGCUUUGUCUUUGUUUGAAGAGAAGACUGAUCACCGGAAAACCCGGCCUACCGGCACCGAUGAGGAGAGUGAGAAAGAGAGAGAGCUUGAAGGUGUUUUGAAGGAUUUGGCCAAUUACAAGGUACAACUGGAAGCAAAGGAUGCCGCCUACAUGCAAGUUCUUCUUAAGCUGCAACACCACCAGUACACAGCAGAUGAACUUUCCAUCCUGCUUCAAAACAUUGAGCUUGAGAGAGAUAGAUACAUAGAAGAAAGCAAAGAAGCUAGAACUCAGGUGCACCAACUUGAGUCCAAGGUGAGGGAGAUGGCUGAUCAGCUCUCAGACACUCUCAAGGUAAGAGAGCAGCUUAUGCAUGUUUUUAGCGAGUUGAAGGCUACACAAGCAGAGCUGCUUAGCAUGGAAACAGAACUCGCUGAUGCCAGAGAUUCGGAGCUCAAGGCUCUAACACAAGCGGAGCUGAUGGAAACAGCAUUCGUCAUGGACAAAGAGAGGGCAGAUGAGCUUCUUAAACAUGUCUCGGAGCUCAAUGAAGCCGUGGUUAUGUCAAAGGUUGCUGCUAUUGAAGCAGAGAAAGAGAAGUUGGUUUUAUUGUCUGAGAAAGAUGCUGAGAUUGAGAUAGCUGCACAAGCUACUCUUCAAGCACAGGAGCAGCUAGAGGAUGUGAGAAAACAAAUAGGAAUGAAGGAGGAGUUGGAGGAUCAGCUCCUUGCUAAGUCUUCAUUCAUUGAUAUGCUUCAAUUGGAGAUUAACCAGGUGAAUGAACAACUUAGUUUUUCUGAGAAGGCUGCUUCUGAUGUCAUGAAUGACUUGAAGCAGCUAGAAGAAGAGUUAGAAGUUAAGGAAAGAAAGAUCUUGGACCAGGAAGGUUUCAUUGAGGCACUAGAAAUGGAGCUGAAUCAAUUAAAAUUGGAGUUAAUUAAUGCAAAUGAAGUAACCAAUAGCUUGAAGAGUGAUGUUGAAAUUCUUACUGAAGAACUACAGAAGGCCAAAACUGAGAUUGAUGAGAUCAAGGAAAGCGAAAACAAAACACAGGUUGAGAUAGCAAUGCUGGAAUCUGAGCUUCACAGCGGAAGGUCAAAAGUUGCAGCAGCAGAGGCAGCUGAAGCAAGAAAUGAGAAUGUCAAGUCUGGCUUGUACCUAGCAAUUCAGCAACUAGCAAUAGAAGCAGAGACAGCCAAGAAGGAAAACAGAAUGUUAAAGCAAGGAGCAGAUAGUUUAGAGGAAGAAAAUCAUGAACACUCUAUCCUUGUUGAUCCUCAUUUUAAGAAAGAUUCUCAGGAAGAUGUUGUGGUUUCUAGAAUCGAUGAACUGAACACUGAAGCAGAAGAAAGAACUGAUGAGAAUGAGGCCCAAGUAACAAUUUCUUUGAAGGAAUACGAGUCCUUGAUUAAGAAGGCUGAGCAGGCUGAUCAAAUUCCUUUGCCACUGGAGGAAGGCUUUAGUCAGUUAAGCUUAAGCACCAUGGAAGAAGAGUCUGAGUUGGAAUGUUUGAAGAAGGAGUUGGAAGCAGCAAUGGAAAAGGUAGCACAAUUCCGCAACCGGGCUGAACAGGCUGCUACUAGGGCUGAUCUUGCUGAGAAAGCUAAAGCAGGACUAGAGGACCAGAUAAGGAUUUGGCGACAAGUGAAGCAAAAGAGAAGAGCUGCUCUUGCUGCACUUACGGAGGUAUCUACUCCUAAACAAUACAGCCCUCCUCCAUAUGAGUCCCCUAAACAAUUUAGCCCUCCUGCAUCCGAAGAAACACAAAAAAUAUGUCCGCCCUUGGGUAAGAUACUUAACAUGAAAUUCUAGUUGUUCUUGGUUAAGCUUAGGCCAGCUAAUUGUUCACGUGACUGGCAAAUACUGCUUGUUGAAUUCAUUUGUUUUCUAAGGUUAGUGUAUCAGAACGUUGGAUCAAUAAUGCCAAUUUCUUAGUGUGCU